AUGCAAUCCUCCAUUCUCAUCCUUCUUGCACUUGUCUCCAUCACUGCUGCCUGUCCAGGACUCUUUGGAAUGAUGGGAGGAGGUGGAGGUGGAUGUGGAUGUUCUCCCCCUCCACCACCCUCUCCAUGUGGGUGUGGAGGAAGAAAGAAGAGAUCUCUCCCAGAUAAACCAACUUUUUUCGGAAUAGCAGCUGGAGAUGAUGAUAAUAUGUGCAACAAUCCAGAACUGAAGAAGAUUAUUUCAGAGAAUAUGCAAUCAACUGCUGUUGACUCCUCGAAAGCAGUAAAUGAAGCAUUGGAGAGAAAACAACUCAGCAGAUUUAUCGUCGUCUGCUCCGAGAAUCCCUUCGUCUUCACUGUUCGUGCCGAUACCGUCUACUGCGGGACCAGAAAGAACGACCAUAACUGUCAUGCCUUCUCUAUGUAA